AUGGCUCAGCACUUUUUUGGAAACUCAGACUCCACAACUUUGCAGUCAACUCCCAAAGCUGGUCAUCACCAAGCAUCGGCAAAGGUGCCUGAUGAGGGGCGUAGCGCAACAGGUGAAGCGCUAUCGUUUGUAAGUCUGGAUGACAGCAUUGAGCCGCAGAGUGAGGACUCUGGUAUCGGUAUUUCAAAAACCUCAACCAGAAAUUCAACGGCCAACAGCGCAAUGGAAGAUGUUGGCCUGUUAUCUCCCACAAGUUCAAGUAUAGAUGAGAUUGGAAAGAAAGCACAGGACCUUAUCGAGAGAAUCAACGAGAGACGGGCCAUGGACCAACACGUGAUGGACAGCUUUGAGGAAAAACUCAUUAAAAAGGUGCGUGAGAUGUGUCAGCAGGUAAAGGAGCAGAUGUUUGUGUUUUAUGAACAGCACAGUCAGGGGAUGGAGGCCAGCAUUAGUGAGCUGUCCGAAGUGUUGGAGAGGAGCAGUCAGCUGAGUAUGGAGCUACAAGGAGCCAGUCAAACCCUGGCAGCCAUUAACAAGGGCCUGCAGCACAGCACUGAGCAAUAG